AUCUAAAAAAUCAGUCUGUUAAUCGCCGUUAACGGACUUGGACGUGCAAAUCGCUUGCGCGGCUACGGAAAACGAAACAGCAAAAGUGUACACAGUUACACUGGACGCGAAAACGGCGUGAUCUGUUUUUUUUUUAAGGAAAUUAGAAAUUAUUAAGCUGAAAAACGAGUGAAAUGUUGAAUUAAUUAAUGCAAGUGCCGCUUAAAGACGAAUUACACUAACAAAAGGAAAAUAUAUAUUAAGGAUUAAGUCGUCAAAGGAGCGGUGACAGUGAAAAAACACAAUGACGGAGGAAAAUGAACAUAAACAAAAUAAUGGCGAUGUACAGACCACAGACCCAGAAAUUGCUGCAAAUGAAAAAUCCUCUGCGAAUGAUGUACAGGAGUCUAGAGUCGAACCUGAGUACGGUCUAGAAAAAGCGAUUGUACCUGCUUUAGGCUUACACGAAAAGAAUGGCAAAGCCGCUAGCGAGGAUAACAACAUCGAACCAUUAACGAAUGUUUCUGAAGCUGAGGGACAAGUUAAGAAACUUCCCUAUCCAAAAUCGGUAUUUUUUAUCAUCAGCAACGAGUUCUGUGAACGCUUCAAUUACUAUGGCAUGCGAACCAUUCUCGUUUUGUACCUGAGCCGCCAACUUAAUUAUGAUGACGAUACCGCCACUGUUAUAUUCCACAUUUUCACUAUGCUCGUCUACUUUCUGUGCGUCUUCGGUGCCAUCAUUUCGGACAGUUGGUUGGGAAAGUUCAAAACAAUACUCUACCUCUCUCUCGUCUACGUUGCUGGUUCUACAUUGGUUGCGCUCGGUGCAGUGGGUCCGUUGAAUUUGCCUGGGGUCACAUUUACAAUGAUCGGUUUGGCGUUAAUAGCUUUGGGUUCGGGCGGUAUAAAGCCGUGCGUUUCCGCCUUUGGUGGUGAUCAAUUUAAAAUGCCCGAACAAGUUAAGCAAAUGACAACAUUCUUCUCGCUCUUCUACUUUUCAAUUAAUGCUGGUUCAUUGAUUUCGACUACAGUAACACCGAUUUUGCGUGAAGAUGUGCAUUGCUUUGAAGAGAAAGAGUGCUAUUCGUUAGCUUUUGGCGUGCCGGCUAUUCUCAUGGCUGUCUCGAUAAUUAUCUUUGUACUGGGUCGUCCACUCUACAAGAGUAAACCACCUGCAGGCAAUAUGGUAGUGCUGGUCAGCAAGACCAUUGGUAACGCAAUUGCUACCAAAUGGAAGGAGAAGAAGACCAAUCCACGCGAACACUGGCUGGACUAUGCGGAUAAGAAGUAUGACCGUCAACUGAUCGAAGAUGUUAAGGUGCUGAUGCGUGUUUUGGUACUCUACUUGCCACUUCCCGUCUUUUGGGCACUGUUCGAUCAACAGGGUUCACGUUGGACCAUACAAGCGACACGUAUGGAUGGCGAUAUGGGCUCAUGGGAUAUUAAACCGGAUCAAAUGCAAAUGAUAAAUCCUUUCUUAAUUCUGGCUUUCAUACCGCUCUACGAACUCGCCUUCUAUCCACUGCUCAGCUUAAUUGGUAUACGUCGGCCUUUGCAGAAGCUCACUUUGGGCGGCAUUUUUGCAGGUAUUGCCUUUGUCGUAUCCGGUCUGGUCGAGCUAGAGUUGGAGAAAACCUAUCCAGUCUUACCAACGGCAGGAAAUGCACAACUCCGAGUCUACAAUGGCGAGCCUUGCGAUUAUGCGAUCACUACGAAUUUAACGGGUUUGGGUUUCGAUGUAGCGACACUAGACAUGUUUGUGAACCGCAGCAUCAGCAUCGACUAUACCAAUAAGCUCUAUGUACAGUUCGAAUUCUCGCAGAAAUCCGGUGUAAACUGUUAUGAAUUUCCCAAGCAAACAUUUGUCUUCAACUCCACAACAAGUCAUUACUUGUUUAUGAAUUCGAAGAACACUGCACAGCCUUUAGUAUGGGCAGAGGACUCUAUAAGUAAGCCCAGUCGUGGCUAUCCGCUUGCACGUACCCUGGCAAACGUACAGUCAAGCCGAACGAUAGAAUGGAGAAAUAAAAAGGGUUCACUUGAACACACCGAGCCAGCAAAUUUACGAAAUGUGACAGAGCUGAAGUCGGGCUAUUAUGACAUUCUGGUUGAUAAUGUAGUAGUUGCCAACGAAUAUCUGAAAGUUGGUGGCAUUUACACAGUCAUUAUAAAUGAGGAAACAGCAGGCAGCUACAAAAGCAAGAUCGUAAUUGUAACUGAUCCUAACUCAAUGUCCAUUUUCUGGCUAAUUCCCCAAUACGUCAUCAUGACACUCGGUGAGGUUAUGUUCUCCGUCACUGGUCUUGAGUUUUCUUACUCACAGGCGCCAGUAACCAUGAAGUCUGUGCUACAAGCUUGUUGGCUACUUACCGUGGCAUUCGGUAAUGUGAUCGUUGUCAUUAUUGCCGAACUGAAACUCUUCGAUUCGCAAGCGUCUGAAUUCUUCCUCUUUGCCGGUCUCAUGUUUGCCGAUAUGAUUGUUUUCAUGCUCGUCGCUUACCGCUACAAGCCGAACAAUCCGGCGCCGCAUAGCGAGUCUGAGCCUUUGACACCACCGGAAGAAAAUGAGAAAGUUGGCAUUGAUAAUGUGGCCAAGGCAAUUGAUGAGUAGACUUAACUUGUUUGUAACGAUGAGUGUACAAAUAAAUGCGUAUGUAAUCUAAUAUUAA